UCAAGGUGGGGGGGGGGGAGCUCAAUCUCACUACCCAAAGAUCGUCAAGCUCAAGUCAAGAGUUGUCAGUUUAACCGACUGAGUCACCCAGGCAUCCCUCUAGCCUGUGGUCUUGAGCACCUUUUCCGGGAAUUAAUUGAGAGAAUGUACAAAUAGCGCUUUGGGAAGGCAGAAUUCCAAUUAACGGCAGCUAUACUUCUUAGGGUUUGGCUCUUACUUAUGCACUUUCACAAGGAGACAGUCGCAACCGGGAAACAUUAACAUAAAGGUUCUUUAAUAGAUAACCGCAACCCCCAAAGAAGAGGUAAUAACGUAAGACGUCGAAGCCAUCCAUUAAAUGUCAACCCACCCUCAGCCACCUGACGGCCUCCGAAGAGACCGGACGUGACUCUGCCCCUAACUAACAUGGCGUCCAGGAACGUCCCGUCGGUGAGUUGGAUAGUCCACUCCGGGCCGUGAUUGGUUGCCGAGUGACGGGGCGAAGCGAUAGCUGGAGAGGUACCCCGCGCGGUGAGGAGAGCCAUGGGCCAGGCGGCAAAGGUUUUACAGCUCUUUAAAACAUUACACAGGACCAGACAACAGGUUUUUAAAAAUGAUACCAGAGCAUUAGAAGCAGCCAGAAUAAAGAUAAAUGAAGAAUUCAAAAGUAAUAAAAGUGAAACUUCUCCCAAGAAAAUAGAAGAGAUGCAUUGUCAGCCUUUUUUGACCCUGCUCGCAACCUUCUCUGGGAGGACUGACCUGUAUGAACCAGCUCAAGUGGCCUCUGUAUCUUCUGACUUUUAGUUGGUUCAGCUAAUGGGGAGAUGAGAAGGAGGGAGGAGAGUGAAGGCAGGUAUUUAUCUUUCUGACUGUCCCUGAGACAUUGCCUCAGGCUGCACUAUCCCUCAAAGUUUCUCUCAAGGUUAGUCUGUACAGUUCUCUCCUGGUUUGAGAAAGAGCUUCCCUUUCCUCUUCAGGCCUGGAGUUGCAACAGCUCAUCUGCUACUAUUCCUUGUAGGUUCUCCUACACUCAUAGUUUUGUAAAUGGUCCCUUUACAAGUAAAUCAUUCUCAAACUGCCAUAUUUUAUGUGUACCAUCUGUUCCUAUUGGGACUCUCACUAAUUCACUGCCCCGGGGAAACUUACUUCUGGAGAUGAUAGAUAGACAAACAAAAUUAACAAGUAAAUUAGAAGGAAGGGCAGAAAAGGGAGAUAGGGAAGCCAGGAACAGUAGGGUGUUGCAAUUUUAAAUGUGAUCAGGGAAGUUCUCAUGAAGUGAUAGUUGAGUCAAGACAAGUGAUAGUUGAGCAAAGAUGAGGAUGUGAGGGAUCUAGCCAUGCAUGUAAGUAAGGGGAGAGCUUUCUGAACAGCAAACUGCUAGCGCAGCGUUCCUAAGACUGGUUCAUGCCUGCUGUCUUUUAAGGGAGCCCAGUGACAGGAGCAAAGUGGUUAACGGAGUGAGUGGUAGAUGAAAUCACAGAAAUCAUAUGGUGGUAGAAGGAGGUGGGGAGUGGAUGCCAGUUUAUGUGGGCAAUUACAAGGACUAUGGUUUUCUCUCUUAAUAAAAUACAGAGCCAUUAGAUGGUUUUGAAAAGAGAAGUGAUAUGAUCUGAUUUUAAGUUUUAAAGAGAUCACUUUGGCUAUUGUGCUGAGAAUAGACUUUGGGGCAAGGUUGAAUGCAUGGAUAUCAAUUAGAAAUCAUUGUAUAAAUCUAGGUAAGAGGUGGUAAUGGCUUAGACCAGAGUGGCAGCAAUGAUGGUAAUAAGAAGUGGCCAGAUUCUGGAUAUAUUUUGAUAGAACUCAUGGUUUUCCUGAUGGGUUAAAUGUGAAGUAAGACAAAAAGAAAGAAGUCAGGGAUGAUUCCCAAGGGUUUUACGGCCUGAGCAACUGGAAAUACAUUGUUGCCAUCAAUUAUUAUGGUGAAAACAGACUCGGUUUGUGAACAAAGAUCAGGAGUUUAGUUUUGGACAUGUAUUGAUUGAAAUGCCUAUUAGAUAUCCAAGUGGAGAUAUUAAUAAGACAUCAAAUGUAAUAGGUGGAGCUCCAGAAGUUGUCUGGGCUGGACUUACAUAUUUGGCAGCCAUUAAUAUAGAUAAACUACUUAAAAUCAUAAUAUUGGAUGAAAUCACCAAGAAAUUGAUUAUACCUAAAGAAGGAAAGUUGAGUCCUAGAUUACUCCAAUGUUAAGAGGUUAAAGAAAUAAGGAACAAUAAGCACAAGAGACAGAGAAGUUUCUAGUAAGGUGGAAUGAAAAAAAGAAUGUAGAACAGAGGUUGGCAUACUGUGGCUCACAGAGACUAAAUCUGACCCACUGCCUUUUUUUGUAAAUAAAAUUUUAUUGGAAUACUACCACAUUUAUAUAUUUUCUAUAGCUGCUUUCAAACUAUAAUGGCAUAGUUGAGUAACUGCAACAGAAACUGAUCCACAGACUCUAAAAUUACUAUCUGGUCCCCAUAUAGAAAAACUUUGUUGACCCCUGGGGUAGAGUCCUGGAAACCAAGUGAAAAAAGUGUUUCAUUGGAGAGGGAGUGUUGCAGGGUAAUCGCAAUUAAAAUUCCAGUAGGAUUUAGACACAGGGAGGUGAUGACUGGCAAGAGAAUUUCAAUGAUAAAAUUGGGGAACUUAUGCUUAUGUUGAUUCUACCCAAAUUGACAUUUAAAUUCUUUGUAAUCACAGUUAAAAUUGCAGUAGAGUUUUUUCAGGAACUACUAAAAUUUACUCAGAAAUUUAUGAGGAAUAAUAAAGGCCCAUAAAUAGCUAAAUCAGCUAUGACAAAAGAGUAAAAUUAGAUAACCAUAUGCAAAAAGUGGAACUUUAAUCCAUACCUCAAACUAUAUACAUAAAAUUAAUUCAAAAUCGAUCAUAGUAAAUGUAAAACCUAAAACUGUAAAACGUCUUGAAAUAACAGGAGAGAAUCUUUGUGACUUUGGGUUAGGCAUGGAUUUCUUAGAUAUGGCACAAAAUGCACCAUAUAUUAAAGAAAAAUUUAAUAAACUGGACUUUUAUCAAAAUAAAAACCUUUCGGUGUAAAAGGUAACUAUAAAGAGAAUGAAAA